AUGGAGCCAAGGAAUUGGACAAUAGCUUUUUUCAAGCUUGGUAGCUUAUGUGACAAGGUGGAAAACAACUCAACGGAAUAUUUCAAUGCGACUAUUACAAAGGCAAGAGGUAAGGCCAUAAUACCAAUGCUUGAGACCAUUAAGAGGCAAGCAAUGGUUCGAAAUGAAAAGAAACAGAAGAAGGCUGAAAGAUGGGAUGGUAGGUGUACAAAGUAUGUCAAAUUGGUACUCGCUGAGCUGAAGGAACACGCUGACAAAUGUAUGGUUAGUCAUGGGAGUCAUGGGAACUACGAGGUGGAGCUUUAUGAUGAUAAAUUCCAUGUAGACACGAGAAAGAAGACAUGCUCGUGUUUUAAAUGGAAAAUCUCAGGCAUCCCAUGUGAGCAUGCAUAUGGAGUGAUGUUAGAUGCUGGUUUAGCCAGUGAUGAUCAUGUCAACGAGUGCUUCUCAACAACUAAACAGCGAGACUGUUACAUUGAUAAUGUCAAGCCAAUGAGAGGACCAGGAUUUGCACUUCAAGCCGCUCCAUGCACAAGCACCAACUUUAAGAGGGCCCAGAAAAAGAUCUACUCAAUGGAUUUCAUCAAGACCAGUUCCCUGCGUGCUCUGAUUGAGUUAACUUUCCAACGCAACUGGAACGGCCUAAUUUGGAUGAGUAGAAAAGGAGUUAUAACCAAAAGAGUGAAGACUGUCCAGACGGCUCUAUCGAGAAUCAGCGCCCAACCGCGCAGUCCGGCUGGCCGAGAAACUAUGUUUCGCGCUCGGCCAAAGUCAAUCCGUCCGUCUGAAGUCUCGGCCAAAGUUCAAACCGACCGGCCGAUCACGCAAUCACGACCCGGGAAACAUUGUCCCGCGGUCGGCCAAGCACAACGCUCACGCCACGCCGCGCACGACCAGCCGCGCGAGCCGGGAACAAGCCUCGCGGCCGCGCAACCCUUCGCGUACCACGGCCGAUGCAUCCGUCCGAGCCGGGAAAGAACGUCCCACGUCCGGCCGAGAAACCAUCGGCCAAAUCUUAUCCGUCCGACCACGCCGGCCGACCGUGAAUCCAUCCGGCCACGACCGUUCCGACUCGGCCCACGACCCGACUGUCCGGCCGAUCGUCCCGACCGACCGUCCCAACGCCGCGGUCGACCCGAAGCCCGUUUUGAAGCCCGAUUUCAUAUUUUCAAGCCCGGCUUAACCCUAAGCCGCCUCAAAAGACCUAGCACUAUAUAUAUAGCUUUUUAG